GGGAGGGGGGGGGAGCCGGUUUCCGGGCGCCGGCGGUCCCGCCCCUCCCUUUCUGCUCGCGGGCGGCCAUCAUGGUGUUCAAACGCUUCGUCGAGAUUGGCAGAGUUGCCUUCAUUUCCUUUGGGCCACAUGCUGGCAAGCUGGUGGCCAUUGUGGAUGUUAUUGACCAAAACAGGGCACUCGUUGAUGGUCCCUGCAGUGGUGUCAGAAGGCAGGCUAUGCCCUUCAAGUGCAUGCAGCUGACUGACUUUGUUCUCAAGUUCCCACACAGUGCCCGUCAGAAGUGUGUGCGACUUGCCUGGGAAAAGGAAAAUAUAAAUGAAAAAUGGGCAGCAACAAGAUGGGCAAAGAAGAUCGAAGCCCGGGAAAAGAAAGCCAAAAUGACCGACUUUGAUCGCUACAAGGUUAUGAAAGCCAAGAAAAUGAGAAACAGGAUCAUCAAGCAUGAAAUGAAGAAGCUCCAGAGGCUGGCUUCUAAUAAAGGCAAGAAGCCAGAGAAGUCAGAGAAAGCAGAGAAGCCAGCGAAGGCGCAGAAGUCAGCGAAAGCGCAGAAGGUGCAGAAGGCACAGAAAUAAAACCAACUUCUAGUUAUGUAUGACUCUGUGUCCUUGUUCUGAUUCUUUAACAAAUGGUUAAACAUCUGAUUUGAAUUGUAAUCAUGAGUUCGCUUUGCUUCUCACCAAGAA